GCAGAGGAGCUUUGGCUUCCUGUCCCCUCCCCCGUGUCCCCAACCCAGCGCCACCACCCCCGAGCCCCAUCCUGUGUCCCCUCGGCUCGGCCGUCGCAUGGAGGACGAGGACGGCUACGUGAUCUUAGAGCGAGGGGACAAGCGGGGCUCUGCGGGGAGGUCCCCACCCCGGCAGGGUGCAGCAGCAGGAUCUGGCUUUCAAGAAUCCCAGAGGGUCCCCGCAGCAUCCUCCUGCUGUCCCCGCCGCCUCCUCGUGGCCCUGACGGCCGCCCUGGCGCUGUCCCUCGUGCUCUGCCUGUCCUGGUGUGUGGCACAGCAGUGGCAGUCCCAGGGGACCGCAGGUUACGAGAGCGCCUCGCUGGGAGUCGCCCAUUCGAGCUGGGACGGCAUCCUCAGGGAGAUGCGGAGAGUCCUGUGCCCGCCCCGAGAGAGCGAGGGGUGCCGGCUGUGCGCCGUGGGCUGGAGGCUGCUCGGGGCCAAGUGCUACUGGAUUUCCGACGGGAUGAACCCUUGGGACAGGAGCCGGGAGGACUGCAGGCAUCGGGGCUCCGCGCUGCUGGAGCCCCGGGACCAGGAUGAGCUGGAAUUCCUGAAUGAAAGCCUGCGGAAUCCCACACGGCACUUCUGGAUCGGCCUCUCGGUGCCUGCGGCCGGGAGGGGCUGGGUGUGGGAGAACGGCUCCGAGCUCGACCGGGACCGCUUCCAGCUGGACCUGGAGGAGCGACCUGGAGCCUGCGGAACGCUCAAGGGGAACGGGAUCAGCCCUAAGAGCUGCGGCACGAGGCUGCAGUGGAUCUGCCAGAAAGAGUCUGUCCAGAUCUGAGCCUCCAUUGCACCCCAAAAGCAGCGUUAAGGCAGGAAAAAUCCCAAUUCCUGCGGAUCCGGCAUCCCCCGGGGAUGGGCAGAGCCGCAGCCGGUGAAAGUCUCCCUGAGGCGGGCGAUGUAGGAGAGAAAUCAACCUUAAAAACCCGAAUAAAACCUAAAAAUAACGCGGGGAAUUGCACUUUUGGGGCGAACAUUGGGGAGAGGGAGGGAGAAACGUGGCAUUUUAUUUUUAAGGGGUGUUUUGGUACCGGGAUGAUCCGAGGUUCAGCCAGAGGGGCAGAACUUCAGACUGAUGAUCCACAGUGUCCUGCCCAUGUCCCCUGUGCUCUCCCCGUGUCCCUCUCGUGUCCCCCGCGUCCAAGGCCAGCCACAGCCGGUCCUGGCAGCUUUUGUCUGGGAGCAAUCCUCCGAUAUUCCCAAUUUUAGGAAGAGUUAUCCCCGCUUCGGCACCCGCAGCCUCUGAGCCCGUGCUGGCCCGUGCAGAGGAGCAAGGACAACCAAACAGCGAUUAAUUAGCUUAAUAAACGCCUCCUAAUUAGCGGGGAGGAGAAGUGAGGCCCCAGGGCUUCUCUCGGAGGUGGAGGCACUCCACGCACCGUGAGCUCUGCAAAACGAUGUGUCCGCUUUCAGACACAUCUGGAAAAGCAUCAGUUGACCCCUUUCAUGGAUCCCUUAAAGUCCCUUAAAAUCCCUUACAAUUUUAAUAAAU